AUGGAUGAGGGGAAAAGACGUGCAGGGAUCCCCAUUGAAUUGGACAUACUGCUUACUGAUUCAUUGAAACUAGCAUUUCAGAAGGAAGAUAUUGAUUUUGAUGAUGAUGCAAUGUUACUUGAAUGUUAUGAAAAAUAUAUCAAAGCUCUUCAGGAAAAUAUACCAUCCGAACGCCUUCUAGUACAUCGAUUUGGAGAUGGUUGGGAACCAUUGUGUAGAUUCUUGAAUGUGGAUGUACCAGCUAACAUAUCAUACCCCGUGGCUAAUAAUCAGUCUGACUUGCAAAGGCUACGGGAAUUAAUAAAGAAGUGUGGAUCGAUUAAGGAAGUAGCUAGAAUUCAUCCAAGAAUUAUAUAA